AUGGGCGGCGGACCACCAAAAGAACACCUCCUCUUCGCCGUGCCCACCCCAGAACCCACCGACACCACCAACGCCCUCCGCAAGAAAUUCCCCCAAAUCGAGAUAACCUGGCGUCAAGUCUCCUACACCUUCGACUUCGCCGCCAUCCGCGCGUCACUAGGGAAAGACAUCUGGUCCAGCGUCACCAUCCUCUGCACCUUUGCAGGCUUUCCUGCCUCCCGCUCCGAAGCGCCUCAUCUCCGCCUCGUCCAACUGUUGAGUGCGGGCAGCAAUCAUGUGCAGGAUCUUUGGAUUUGGAAAGAUGAGGAUAUCACGAUUUGCACGGCGAGUGGGAUCCAUGGACCGCAGAUCGCCGAGUGGGUUGUCAUGACGCAUCUGGUGCAUACGCAUAAUUACAAGCAUCUGUACGAAUUGCAGAAGCGGCAUGAGUGGCCGAAGAGCAUCAACGCCGAGCGUCAGACGAGCGUACGCGAUCGCGUGGGUUUGAGGCUUGGGGUGUUGGGGUAUGGGAGUAUAGGCAGGCAAGUUGGGCGGUUGGCAAAGGGCAUGGGAAUGGAGGUGUAUGCGUACACGGCUACGCCGAAGGAUACACCGGAGAAGAGGCGGGAUCCGGGGUUCAUCGUGCCUGGGACGGGGGAUGAGAAGGGAGAGGUGCCGCAGAAGUGGUUCAGCGGGUUGGAUAAGGAGAGUCUGCGGCAUUUUUUGAAGCAGGAUUUAGAUUGGGUGGUUGUUGCGGUGCCGUUGACGAAGGAGACGAGGCAUUUCUUGUCGAAGGAGGAGUUUAGGGUGUUGAGCGAUGAGGGGAAGAGGAAGGUGUUUUUGACGAAUAUUGCGCGGGGGCCUAUUGUCGAUCAGCCGGCGUUGAUUGAGGCGUUGAAGGAUGGGACGUUGGAGGGCGCGGCGCUGGAUGUGACGGAUCCUGAGCCUUUGCCGGAGGAUAGUGAGUUGUGGGACCUGGAAAAUGUGGUGCUGACGCCGCAUAUUAGUGGAAGUGGGGUGUCGUAUCUGGACAGAGCGAUACAGGUACUCGCAGUCAAUCUAGGGAAGUGGGUUGAUGGGGAGAAGCUGAUCAAUGUUGUGAACAGAGACAGAGGGUAUUGA